AUGAGAGACUUUCCCUUCUAUACCAGCCUCCUAUACCAGCCUCCUAUACCAGACUCCUAUACCAGCCUCCUAUACCAGCCUCCUAUACCAGACUCCUAUACCAGACUCUUAUACCAGCCUCCUAUACCAGACUCCUAUACCAGCCUCCUAUACCAGCCUAUACCAGUCCCCCUAUACCAAACUCCUAUACCAGCCUCCUAUACCAGCCUAUACCAGUCCCCUUUACCAGACUCCUAUACCAGCCUCCUAUACCAGCCUCCUAUACCAGUCCCCUAUACCAGACUCCUAUACCAGCCUCCUAUACCAGACUCUUAUACCAGCCUCCUAUACCAGUCCCCUAUACCAGACUCCUAUACCAGACUCCUAUACCAGCCUAUACCAGUCCCCUAUACCAAACUCCUAUACCAGCCUCCUAUACCAGCCUAUACCAGUCCCCUUUACCAGACUCCUAUACCAGACUCCUAUACCAGCCUCCUAUACCAGCCUCCUAUACCAGACUCUUAUACCAGCCUCCUAUACCAGCCUCCUAUACCAGCCUCCUAUACCAGACUCUUAUACCAGCCUCCUAUACCAGACUCCUAUACCAGCCUCCUAUACCAGCCUUCUAUACCAGACUCCUAUACCAGACUCCUAUACCAGCCUCCUAUACCAGCCUCCUAUACCAGACUCCUAUACCAGCCUCCUAUACCAGCCUCCUAUACCAGACUCUUAUACCAGCCUCCUAUACCAGCCUCCUAUACCAGCCUCCUAUACCAGACUCUUAUACCAGCCUCCUAUACCAGACUCCUAUACCAGCCUCCUAUACCAGCCUUCUAUACCAGACUCCUAUACCAGACUCCUAUACCAGCCUCCUAUACCAGCCUCCUAUACCAGACUCCUAUACCAGCCUCCUAUACCAGACUCCUAUACCAGACUCCUAUACCAGACUCCUAUACCAGCCUCCUAUACCAGCCUCCUAUACCAGACUCCUAUACCAGACUCCUAUACCAGACUCCUAUACCAGACUCCUAUACCAGCCUCCUAUACCAGACUCCUAUACCAGCCUCCUAUACCAGCCUCCUAUACCAGACUCCUAUACCAGCCUCCUAUACCAGACUCCUAUACCAGACUCCUAUACCAGCCUCCUAUACCAGCCUCCUAUACCAGCCUCCUAUACCAGCCUCCUAUACCAGACUCCUAUACCAGACUCCUAUACCAGCCUCCUAUACCAGACUCCUAUACCAGACUCCUAUACCAGACUCCUAUACCAGCCUCCUAUACCAGACUCCUAUACCAGACUCCUAUACCAGACUCCUAUACCAGCCUCCUAUACCAGCCUCCUAUACCAGACUCCUAUACCAGACUCCUAUACCAGACUCCUAUACCAGACUCCUAUACCAGCCUCCUAUACCAGCCUCCUAUACCAGACUCCUAUACCAGACUCCUAUACCAGCCUCCUAUACCAGCCUAUACCAGUCUCCUAUAGCAGACUCCUAUACCAGCCUCCUAUACCAGCCUCCUAUACCAGCCUCCUAUACCAGACUCCUAUACCAGCCUAUACCAGUCCCCUAUACCAAACUCCUAUACCAGCCUCCUAUACCAGCCUAUACCAGUCCCCUUUACCAGACUCCUAUACCAGCCUCCUAUACCAGCUUCCUAUACCAGCCUAUACCAGUCCCCUUUACCAGCCUUCUAUACCAGCCUCCUAUACCAGCCUUCUAUACCAGCCUUCUAUACCAGCCUCCUAUACCAGACUCUUAUACCAGCCUCCUAUACCAGCCUUCUAUACCAGCCUCCUAUACCAGCCUCCUAUACCAGACUCCUAUACCAGCUUCCUAUACCAACCUAUACCAGUCCCCUUUACCAGACUCCUAUACCAGCCUCCUAUACCAGCCUAUACCAGUCCCCUAUACCAGACUCCUAUACCAGACUCCUAUACCAGCCUCCUAUACCAGUCCCCUAUACCAGCCUAUACCAGUCCCCUAUACCAGAUUCCUAUACCAGCCUCCUAUACCAGCCUCCUAUACCAGUCCCUUUUCCUUUUCACUUGUUUGA